AUGUCUUCUUUUUCUUCAUCUUCUCACAUUACCUUCGGCCUAGACGCCUCCCCAACGCUGCAGCAACGCCUACAGUUCCUCCUCCAAAGCAGGCCUGAAUGGUGGGUAUAUUCCAUUUUCUGGCAAGCUUCCAGGAAUGCUCAUAACCACCUUGUGUUAUCAUGGGGCGAUGGAUAUUUUCAAGGGACCAGGGUUUUUACAGGCAAAUCUGGCAAUAAUAAGCUUGGCCAACCCAGAUUUGUGUCCAGUUUUGAGAGGAACAGGUUGGGAAAAGAGGUGCAGUCUCUCUUCAGUGAAGAGAUGGACAUUGAAAGAAUGGUGGAUGCCGAUGUCACUGACUACGAGUGGUAUUACACCGGAUCAAUAACCCGAGUUUUUGCCAUUGGAGAUGGCAUUGUUGGCAAGGCUUUCGGCUCAGGCUCCUACAUAUGGUUGAGUGGAGACGAGGAGCUGCGAUUGUACGAAUGUGACCUAGUUAAAGAAGCUCAAAUGCGAGGAAUUCAGACCUUAGUCUGCCUCUCCACCUCCUUCGGGGUACUUGAAUUGGGAUCUUCAGAAUUGAUCCUAGAGAAUUGGGGCAUGCUGCAACUUGCCAAAUCAGUUUUCGGUUCUGAGAUUACAAAGCUGCCUUGCUUUGAAUCUCAGGUCCAAAUUGCAGACCAAGUUAUCCCUUAUUAUGAUCUCGGGAAGGUUUCAAGUGACCAGAAGGUGUGGAUUCUGGAUGAUAAUAAGCAACAAAGUGAGACGUACAAAGAUACUAAGAAUUUAUUAGUUCGCUCGUCAUUGGACUCCGGUGCUGAUUCCGAAGGUAAUUUCGCCUCCGCGGCGGACACGGUGUUCAACGUUCAGUCGAAGAAGAGAGGAAGAAAGCCGGGGAGUGGAAAAACAAUCCCUUCAAGCCACGUGGAAGCUGAAAGGCAGCGACGUGAGAAGCUGAAUCAUCGAUUCUAUGCACUUCGAUCCGUGGUUCCUAACGUGUCCAAGAUGGACAAAGCAUCAUUGCUUUCAGAUGCAGUAGCCUACAUCAAGGAGCUUCGAUCCAAAAUUGAAAAACUGGAGAUUAACCUCAAAGUUCAAUCACAAAAAUCCGAGCCAAGCGUCAUUGAAAAUACAAGGCAGACCUCAAAUUAUGGGCCAACACCGAUGAAAGUCGACGUGAAGAUUGUAGGGUCAGAUGCCAUGAUUCGAGUUCAAUGUCCUGAUGUCAAUUUCCCAGCUGCAAGACUGAUGAGUGCUCUUAGAGCCCUAGAGCUUCAGGUGCACCAUGCCAGCAUAUCGACUGUGAAUGAGCUAGUGCUUCAAGAUGUCGUUGUCAGAGUUCCUACUGGAUUUAUAGACGAGGAGAUAUUGAGGACUGCUAUAUUUCAGAGUGAAUUAAUUAGCUAG